GAAGAUCUUUGUGGGAGGCAGUAGUAUCUGCGUUGAAGGAAAGCUCCGUCCUCUCCCACUGGCUGCUAUGACCUAGCUACCGGACGAUACUUUCUCCUUUCAGGACUGACCGCUGCGUUUGAAAUAGUUUUGUUGUAGCGUUUUGGCAAUCAUACAUUCGUACAGUUGUUUAUGGUUGCAUUGCCGUGACUUUUUAAUCGUAGCUGCUGGCCUCUGAGGCUAGCUGGCUAGCAGAGCAGUGACAGAGUGGAGCCAGCUGGUCGGACAGAGGUACAGUAACGUUAGCGAACAAGCUAGCUAAUUAGCUGGAAAGACUGGAUUACUGUCUUUAAUCAAAGAGAGCGCAAGUCUGCGGUUUUACCCACUGCGGCAAAAUGAAGAUAACUGUGGACUUCGAAGAAUGUCUGAAGGACUCCCCACGGUUCAGAGCCACCAUAGAGGAAGUGGAGGGGGAUGUGUGCGAGUUGGAAUCCAAGCUUGACAAAUUGGUGAAGUUGUGUAUUGGGAUGAUUGAUGCUGGAAAAGCCUACAAUGCAGCCAACAAGCAGUUUGUUAGCGGGAUCCGGGAGCUAGCCCAGCAGUCCACCAAAGAUGAGGUCAUUGAGUCCAGUCUCACAAAGUUUGCUGAGAGCCUGCAGGAGAUGAUCAACUAUCACACGAUACUAUUUGAUCAGGCCCAGAGAUCAAUCAAGAUCCAGCUUCAAACAUUUGUCAAAGACGACAUACGUAAGUUCAAAGAAGCCAAGAAGCAAUUUGACAAAGUGAGCGAGGAAAAGGAGGCGGCACUGAUCAAGAACGCCCAGGCUCCCCGGAACAAGCAGCAUGAGGUGGAGGAGGCCACCAACAUCCUCACUGCCACGCGCAAGUGCUUCCGACACAUCGUCCUUGACUACGUCUUACAGAUCAAUGUGCUACAAUCAAAGAGAAGAUCGGAAAUCCUGAAAUCAAUGUUGUCCUUCAUGUACGCCCACCUGACAUUCUUCCACCAAGGAUAUGACCUCUUCAGUGAACUACAACCUCUAAUGAAACUGCUUGGAGGACAGUUGGACCAGCUGGUGGUGGAUGCUGCCAAAGAGAAGAGGGACAUGGAGCAGAAACACUCCACCAUCCAGCAAAAGGCUGCUCUGCAGGAGGUGACUCAGCCCGAGUCUUUACCAGACUGCCGCAACUUUUGCGCUUGGAGGUCGACCUCCGACUUCUCGAAUGACGACACCAAGCUGGAGUACAAUGUGGAUGCAGACAACGGCAUCGCAAUGGAGGGUUAUCUGUUUAAGAGGGCCAGCAAUGCCUUCAAGACGUGGAAUAGGCGUUGGUUCUCCAUCCAGAACAAUCAGCUAGUUUACCAGAAGAAAUUUAAGGACAACCCAACAGUGGUGGUGGAAGAUCUUAGGCUAUGUACCGUCAAACACUGUGAGGACGUAGAGCGUCGCUUCUGUUUUGAAGUGGUGUCACCCACCAAGAGCUGUAUGAUGCAAGCAGACUCAGAAAAGCUGCGACAGGCCUGGAUCAAAGCCGUCCAGAACAGCAUCGCCACCGCCUUCCGCGACAAGGGAGAUGAAGGCGAGAAGCUGGAUAGAAAGUCGUCCACGUCAACAGGGAGCCUGGACUCUGGUGGGGAGCCAAAGGAGAGAUCACUGAAAGGAGAGAGUGCCCUGCAGAAGGUCCUGGCAAUCCCAGGCAACACCUGCUGCUGUGACUGUGGGCAGCCAGACCCCCGUUGGGCCAGCAUCAAUCUGGGCAUUACCCUCUGUAUACAGUGCUCUGGUAUCCACAGGAGUCUGGGAGUGCAUUUCUCUAAGGUUCGAUCUUUGACUCUGGAUACAUGGGAGCCAGAACUUCUAAAGUUGAUGUGUGAACUGGGAAACGGAGUGAUCAACCAGAUCUAUGAGGCUCGGCGAGAGGAGCUAGGAGCCAGAAAACCACAGCCAGGAGAUCCAAGACACGAGGUAGAGGCCUACAUCAAAGCCAAAUACGUGGACCGCCGGUUUGUACGCCGGCCGUCAGAUGAGGAGCUUCGCAACAAAGUGGUUUCUCUGAGCAAACAGGAGAAAAGGCUGAGCAGCAGCUCUGAGCAUCUGCCCCCAAGACCGCCACCGCCCACCCCAAAACUCCGACCCGGUCAGGCAGCUGUUGCCAGUGGCAUGGAGGCUCGCCGUGACUCUCUCUUCUGUCCUGACGAGCUUGACUCGCUCUUCUCCUACUUUGACAACUCUGCCAAGCUCAGGAGCAUAAAAAGCGCAGACAGCGGCAUCCAGAACAGCGCUGAUGGGAGCAGGGAGAUGCUGGCCGACACCCCCUCCAAUAACAGCCUGACAGAUGCAGACGCCGCUGAGUCUCCGCCCAUGGCCAUGCCUGCCACACUGCCUCCUCCGUCACCCUGUAAAGAGGUGGUUUUCUAUGAGCCUAAGGAGUACAGUUCGGGUCUGCAGCUCUACUGGGCUGCAUGUGCCCGCAGCCUGCCGGACAUGUCGGAGGCACUGGCCCACGGAGCCGAGGUCAACUGGGUCAACACGGAGGACGACAAGAGGACGCCGCUUAUCAUGGCGGUGCAGGGGGGUUCGCUGGUCACCUGUGAGUUUCUGCUCCAAAAUGCAGCUAAUGUGAACCAGCAGGAUGCUCAGGGCCGAGGACCUCUGCACCAUGCCACCAUGCUGGGACACACAGGGCAAGUAUGUUUAUUCUUAAAAAGAGGAGCAAAUCAAAAUGCUGCAGACAUUGAUGAGAAAACACCCCUGACAAUAGCCGUGGAUGCGGCCAACGCAGACAUUGUCACACUGUUGCGAUUGGCCAAGAUGAACGAGGAGAUGCGAGAGGCGGAGGGGCCCUACAGCCAGUCAGGAGAUGAAACCUACCAGGACAUUUUCCAGGAUUUCACCCACAUGGCCUCCAACGACCCGGACAAGCUGAACCGCUACCAGCAGUACGAUCCGCAACGACCCUGACCCAGCAGAAACACCGUCCGCUAGCACUCAGAGACACUGUCUCCUCAACCCAAGACAGACAAAAAGAUCUCCAUGGAAAGACGUCGUCCACUUUCCCUCCAACAUCAUUCAGCAUUAAAGCUGGUCAGUGCUGCUGCCACAGCUGGACUCAUGUUACUAUACCUAAUGUGGCCGAAGCGCCAUUUCAUCAAAUUGUAUUCUUGCAGCUGUGUUUACAGCCCUUGUUGAAGGCACUUCAUUUAAGUGAAGGGGAACUGCUGUGAACAGCAAACCUCACCUUUUUCUAUUUUUAAACUGUGCUUCCAGUAGGACCACACUAAGUGAAUGGUACAGUGUUGAAAGAGACAAGUGCAUGACAGACUGUUAAAUACUUCAUUUAAAUGUUUAAGUGCUUCCUUCCUUUUCAAUAGGAUUCUCUUUAUGAUCAUAGGCAUCUUUUUUUAUAUCAAAGUUUUGCUUUAGUGAACUCUCAGCAGCAUAUACGCGACAUUAUGCUUUUACUUGUUUGCACAAAUCCCUUUGUCUUAAAUCGCCACUGAUGUUUACCAGUUUUGAUGGUAAAACUUUGAUUUAGUAAACAUGUUAUUGCUGGUCUGCAAUGUUUAAUAGAUGAUAGUUUAUUUUAAUUUUUAAAUGGUUAUUUUUUAAACACUUUCCUCUGAAUAAUUUGUCCUGGCAUCACAUCAGUACCUGCAGUACAUGCCAGUGAGCAAUCAGCCCUUCAGCGUCCUGAUUUUCGUGGAAUUAAAAUAGCUUCAGUCGUGUUGAGGUGAUUGUUAAUUUGUAGAUUCAGCCUCAUGCUGAUAUUAAUAAGAUGUAGAUGUUAAGAUGUAGAGUUAAAGGUUCUAUAUAGGACAUUCAGAACCAUUAGAUGUUGCACUAGAGCACCAGCAUCUCAGACAAAAACAAAUGGGUGUGGCAGCCACACCCCCCCUCCCUUCGUGUUCUCAGCAAGACAGAGAAAGCGGCCCCUGAACACAUGACGAGAUUAACGGAAUAAAGUUAAUCUUUUGUGAACAAUGUCAAGUGCUGAGGUAAGUACACUAGGCACUAGGUCGCCUUCAGCUGAACGUUGAACUGCACUCUGCCAGCUCCCUUUUACAAUGCUGUGUGGGAGGUCACUGUCUUAAGGCCUCUUUACAGUCGCCGCACCUGACCUGUCGCACGCCAAUAUGACGUCAAAAUGACGUAGAUCUCGCUGGCGCGCCAGGAUGAAUGAAAGGCUUGAUCCGACGAAGUAAGUCAUUGAAUCAAAUCGAAGCAUUUGCUGCCAGUUCUGCUGUUGUUUACCUUUUCUUCUUCUUCUAGUCUGUAGAAAUAGCAAAGUCGGUAGCCUUUCCUCAGUUGCGACUAGUGUCGUGAGCACCACGCGCGAGUAUAAAUAGUUAUAAUAGUUGUUUGCUGCAAUAUUAUUGUUCAAAAUCUCUUAUAUAAAACCUUUAAAGAACUCUACAAUAAUAUCGACCUAUAUAGUAUAUACGGCCAUUUUAUUCCUGUUGAUUCUAGAAAUACCAGUAACACUGUAUUGUACAGGUUUGUAAUUUUAAAACAAUUUUAUAGGAAGUUUCCUGAAAAUAACUGUAAUUUGAUGUUAAUUAUAGGAAAUAUAAGAUUUUCCCUGAAAGAAGCUCCAUUAAACCCAAGUAAAUGUUUAUCCAAUAUUGGAAACUUAAAGUUAAAACUAAGUUACUACUUUAGAUUUCAGUCCUGGUUGAUCUGGCAACACCCGUGUUUACCGUGGAAACAGCAAGUGCUUUACCUGUUUAGAGCGCAGCCAGACAAACUCACGUUGUUUUAAUAAAGGAGUUAGUCAUCAUGCUUUGAUAGUUACUUUAAAUUAUAAACACGUACUCUGGAUUUUGUUACCUGUGUAUUGCUAGGCAAUUUGAAUCCAGUGUGUUGAAGGCGGACCCUGGCUCUAACAAAGAGAGAUAAUUACUGAAUGUAAAUACAUUGAAUGGCUAUUGCUGAAAAAAUGCUGAGCAUAAAUAAUAAAUAAAAAAUUUGAUUUCAUGAAAAGCUUAAGGAUUAUAUCUUAAAUUCUCCCUAUAUGGUGAAGUGUAUGCCUGUUGACAAAUAUCAAUGUUUGCAUGUUCAGCUGACCUGCUGUGCACUUAUUAAAAUACUCUGUUAUGCAGGCAGAUUAUUGACAUUAGUUAAUUGGACGUGUACUUAUUAAACCCUGUCUUUGUUUCCCUAUAAUAGCAGCAAAUUACAUCGACAUUUCAAGUAAACUUUUCAGGAAAUAAUUUUGGAAAUUACAGACCUGUAAAGUAAAACUUUACAGAAAUACCGUACAUACAGUCUGCAAAAUGAUAUGUUAUGAAAUAUUACACUCUGUGGAAAUUCUGUAAAGGUGUAUGACUUGAGUUGUAGGGCCACUGGCAGUUCAUGUGAUACGUUGUUAAAGAAACAUUUUCACUUAAAGAGUGUUUGUUUGAUUUAGUUCAGACGACUGCACUGAAAUUCCAGAAAUAAAUUCUGCAACUUUCCUGAUAGAUGUUAUGUGUUCUGUACUGUAGGAUCUGAUUUUUUUUUUUUUUUUUAAACUUUAAAAUCUUCUCUUUGAAAUUAUAUAAUAAGAUAUUAUAAGAAGCGCAGAGCAAACCUUUGGCCAAUGCAACAUGGGAUACAUUUCUUGUACAUUUUGUACAGUUGCUUUUUAACUCUCCAGAGAACUGAAGUAUAAAAUUAGUGGUACUUGAAUCGUUAAAUAAGCUUUUGUAUAUGCUGUUCUUUGUAUCCUUCAGUCAUUUUAGCCCAUUUUAUAUCGCCCGUCUGUACCAGUAUACAUGUACUGUAUAUUCUACCUGUAAUAUGUAAGAACUUCAAUACAUAUGGAUUGAGGAUUCAUCACCAAA